AUGAACGUAUUCGCUGAUGAGGCCACCGAAGAGAGAGGUGAAAAUGCUCGUUUGUCAUCAUUUGUCGGUGCUAUGGCCCUAGGUGAUUUGGUCAAAUCUACUUUGGGUCCAAAGGGAAUGAACAAGAUAUUACAAUCCGCUUCCACCAGUCAAAUCACCGUGACCAACGAUGGAGCUACCAUUCUCAAAUCGAUCCACCUCGACAACCCCGCAGCCAAGAUCCUAGUAAAUAUAUCCAAAGUGCAGGACGACGAAGUUGGAGAUGGAACCACCUCAGUCUGCGUAUUGGCAUCAGAGUUAUUGAGAGAAGCGGAAAAAUUAGUUACCAUUCAGAAGAUCCAUCCUCAAACUGUUGUAGAAGGAUUCCGAAUCGCUUCGAAAGCAUCUCUUGAAGCUUUAGAACAAUCAGCUGAGAACAACUCAAAUGACGAAACCAAAUUUAGGAAUGAUCUUUUCAACAUUGCAAGAACUACUUUAUCGUCAAAAGUGCUAUCGCAAGAUAAAGAUUAUUUUGCCAAUUUGGCGGUAGAUGCUGUUUUGAGGUUGAAAGGAUCAACGGAUUUGGAACAUAUUCAGAUUAUUAAGAAACCUGGUGGUAAACUGACGGAUUCAUACCUUGAUGAAGGGUUCAUCCUUGAUAAGACCAUUGCUACGAACUCGCCUAAGAGGAUAGAAAAUGCUAAGAUUUUGAUUGCCAAUACAUCUAUGGAUACCGACAAGAUCAAGAUUUUCGGUGCGAGAGUGAGAGUGGAUGGAACAGGUAAAUUGGCGGAGCUAGAAAGAGCUGAGAAAGAAAAAAUGAAAGCCAAAGUACAAGCUAUUGCCGCUCACGGUGUAACAUGUUUCGUCAACCGACAACUGAUCUACAACUACCCUGAAUCUCUUCUCGCCGAAUCUGGAAUCAUGUCCAUUGAACAUGCCGAUUUCGAAGGUGUAGAGAGGUUAGCCUUGGUCACUGGUGGAGAGAUUGCGAGUACCUUCGAUGCGCCUGAUAAGGUCAAGAUUGGUAGAUGUGAUUUGAUUGAGGAGAUCAUGAUUGGUGAAGACAAGCUCAUCAAAUUCUCGGGUGUCGCCGCUGGACAAGCAUGUACGGUAGUCUUACGGGGAGCCACUUCCCAGAUGGUCGAAGAGGCUGAACGAUCCUUGCAUGACGCCUUAUCAGUCCUAUCGCAAACAGUUAAAGAGACCCGAGUGACAUUGGGAGGAGGAUGCGCCGAGAUGUUGAUGUCAUGUAAAGUCGAGGAAGCUGCCCGUACGGUCAAGGGUAAGAAAGCUUUGGCUGUAGAAGGUUUCGCAAGGGCUUUGAGACAAAUGCCAACUAUCUUGGCUGAUAAUGGUGGAUACGACUCGAGUGAUUUGGUAACUAAGUUGAGAGCUGCUCAUUACGAGGGAAGAUCAGAUGCUGGUUUAGAUAUGGAGAAAGGUGAAAUUGGAUCUAUGAAAGAGUUGGGUGUGACCGAGUCGUACAAGCUCAAGAAACAAGUGGUAGUCAGUGCGAGUGAGGCUGCAGAGAUGAUUCUACGUGUCGAUAACAUCUUGCGAAGUACACCAAGACGUCGUGAAGCUCAUUAG